AUGGCAAAACCCCUCUUUCCUCACGGCUUUGACCUAGGCGGACACUUUGUAGACCUCAGACCUCUCGGCAUGGGCGUCACAGGCCUGGUGCUCUCAGCCGUGGACCAGCGCACUGGGCAGCGGGUGGCGAUUAAAAAGCUGGUGAUGCGUGAUUCCGUGACGGUGAAACACGCACUGAGAGAGGUGAAAAUCACCCGGCGACUGCACCAUGAAAAUGUGGUGAGGGUUCACGAGGUUUUGGCGCCAUAUGGACGACCCCUACCUAGAGACCCCACCCAGCUGAGCGCCCUGUACAUCGUGCAGGAGUGCAUGGAGACCGAUCUGGCACGACUGCUGGAGCAAGGACCGCUGCAAACAGGUCAUGCCACUCUGCUGUUCUACCAGCUGCUGAGGGGACUGAAGUUCAUCCACUCAGCCAACGUCCUGCACAGAGACCUGAAGCCGGCCAACAUUUUCGUCAACACUGACCAACUGCUGCUUAAGAUUGGAGACUUUGGGCUGGCCAGGAUAGUUGACCCUCACUACUCUCAUAAGGGCUAUCUAUCUGAGGGUCUGGUAACUAAGUGGUACUGUUCCCCCCGUUUGCUCCUGUCCCCCAACAACUACACCAAGGCCAUUGACAUGUGGGCCGCUGGCUGUAUACUGGCUGAGAUGCUCACCGGACGCAUACCAUUUGCAGGAGCCCAUGAGCUGGAGCAGAUGCAGCUGAUUCUGAAUACGGUGCCUGUGCUGAGAGAAGAGGACAGACAGGAUCUGCUACAGGUGAUGCCUUCAUAUGUCAGUCAUGGAUGGAGAGUAAGGAAACCAUUUUCUGAAUUGCUGCCUGAAGUGGACGCUCAGGCUGUGGACUUCCUCGAGCGCAUCCUGACGUUUAACCCCAUGGACCGGCUGACAGCAGAAGCAGCGCUGUCUCAUCCCUUCCUCCAGCAGUACUCAUGUCCGGAGGAUGAGCCCACCUCGUUACAUCCGUUCCGAAUAGAGGACGAGCUGGAGGACAGCCUCGUCACUGAACAGAGCCUCAGCAACAGCAACAGUCAGGCCUCCAGCAUCCACUGGGACAGGUACGAGAACAGUUUAUCAACAGACGUGUCCUGGCAGCAGUCAGGUGGGAGGUGUCGCUGCAUGCCUCCCAGUCACAACACCUCUGAUAUGGGAGACACCACGGAGGAGGAGGAGGUGCAGAGAGACCCACGGGCCAGUUCCACCUCACAGCUGGAGGAGGCACAGGUUGAUCCACGAAAAUAUUCCCACAGCAGCUCAGCUGAACGCUUCCUGGAAAACUCCCACUCCUCCCUGGAUCGGGCCUGUGGUUUAGGGUACGGGGAUCUGGACUGUGGGCGCUCCUGUGACUACAAAGUGGGCUCUCCUUCUUAUUUGGAUAAAAUAGCCUGGAGGGAGGGGAAGCCUCAGCACUACUCAGAACCAAAGCUGAUCCUGGAUCUGUCUCACUGGAAGCGUAACACUAACAGCCUCCAGGUGCCGGCUGGGCCGAUUGGAGGCAGCGUGGAGGAUCUGGGAGACAUGAACGGAGAGGAGGCAGAACAGGAGGAAGAAGAGGAAACGGGGGAUUUGUUCAAAGAGAUUUCUCGUUGGGUGGAGAGCACCCAGUCUCGUCUGCACUCACCCAGUCCCAGCCCAUCUUUAGAGCAUAACUCCCCCUCCUGUUACACCUCCUCUCCCCCUCUUCCCCUGUCCCCGUCUGACCUCCCUACUCCUGUCUUCCGCUACACUGAAGUCCUACAGCAGCCUUCAACGGAUUAUGAUAGAGAUGCACUAAGCCCGCUUCCACCUGCGUUGUCUUCCUCUCUUCCAUCACUUCUCCCCUCCUCUCCCACUUCUCUGCUCCCCUCUCAGUCACCUCAAACAGCAUCUCCCCCCAUCUCACCCCUUAUUCCUCCCACAGACUCUCAACCUCUAUCGUCGACUUCUUCUGUCACUCAGCCAGUAAAUGAUGACUGCGUGGAGUCACUCCCUGUCAAACAAAAAGAUCGCCUGUUUGAUCUGGACAUGUUCAUAUCCCGAGCUCUGAAACUGUGCCGGCAGAAUAGGGACAAAGCAGACGGGAGGAAGGGGAAAGAUGCCGGAUGGAGGGAGGAAAGCAAACAGCAGAACAUUAACAGAAAGGUGCCCAGACUUCCAGAGCACAGGACUCCUCCACCUCCACAGACACCCAACUCGUGA